AUGCCGCGCAGAACAAAAGCUUGCCGACAGUGGCCAAGUGAGGGACUAUGGCCGCGGACUGCGCCUUUCGGACUCGACGUAACACGCGCGCGAUCUCGUAAUGCGCUGUCGACAUCCUCAUUUACCAGCACCACCUUCAGUUCGACCGUCAAGCAGGCCCUCCACCCUCAAGGCUCCUGCACCGACCUUGAGCUGCGGCAAUUUCUCAACAGGUCCUCCGCCCAUCGUCGACGCACAACGGCAGUGACGAAUGAAGUAGAAUACGACGCUCUUCACUUCUGCAUCUCACCCGUUCCGAUCAUCGCUCCGCAAGGAUACGAUAAAAUCAUUCUCCGAAACACGUUCCACCACGACCUGCUCUUUGCAGUGCAGAAGCAAAACCGGGCCGAAGCAGAACUGAGAAAUAAUGGGUUUGUGAUCAACUACGCUGUUGCCGACGCGCACCUUCUCGUCAUUCUCGAUUAUCUCCGCAAGGACUCGAAGACAAUUCAUGGUAGUGAAGGCCUCGGUGGGAGUUAUGAUGUCUAUCAUGAUUUGAAUGAUCGGGCGGGAAUCACAACACAAUACUAUCACGCGCCCUCGCAAGCUCUGCCACAGCCAGAUUCGGACACUACGGAGCAUUUGCUCCCGGAUUAUGAGCGUCUGCAAGAGAGAUAUCAGAGACCAUAUUUUGUGCGUCGCGUCGAGUGCUUAUCGGUCAUCAAGGCUUGGGAGAGCUUAACCAAAGACGAGUACAUGAUGUGGCACGUGCGCACGCUGCAAGACAACAAGCCAGUCUGGGUCACCGCAUUUUUCUAUGACAAGGUGGAGGCAGAUGGACAGUUAGGGUUCGACAUGGAGAUCCAUUACCAGGAGCUACCAUUGACUAGUGAUUCUCAUGGGGUGUGCGAAGGUUCAGCGAAAGGGCUGUGGAGAGAGGACGAGGGCGCGCAGAUGGUGACCGAAGGGCCAAUGAUGCCAUCUCAAGCAGGCCCGCACAUUGGUGGUGGGUUGUAG